UCUAAGCUUGGAGAAACCGCCAUUUUGUUCAUAGACUUUCUCUCUCUCUCUCUCCAUUCGCAAUGGCAAAAGGAGAUGAUUAUAUGAUUAAGAAGAAGAACAAAAAAAACAGAAAAAAGCUGAGGAAUGAUGAUUCUACCGCCUCCGUCUCCAAACGUAUCGCCUCCCUAAUCGCUGCCAAGAAGCGCCGUAAGUCUGGCAAGCGUAGUAUGUGUCAGGGAAUGUGUUUUAGCCUUCCUAGUCCCGAAGAUCCAUUCAAUGAAAUGCAUCUAAACCCAGAUUCUAAAAAAAAGAAAAUCAAGAAACUUAAGGCUGGAAAAUCGAAAACUUUGAAGAAACGUGUUAAGGUUAAGAAUGGAGAAGCAGAUAAUACUUCCAUUACUAGUGAAGAUUCAGAACAAGAACAUGCUGUUGAUAAUAACUGUCCCUCAAAAUUUGUAAGCAUGUGUUUGAAUUCAAUUCACGACAGUCUCAGGCAUGGUACUUCCUUAAGUAUUGAAGAGGAUAAGCCUUUGUUUGUUGAUAUAUGGGGAAUUGAGUUCUGGAAAUGCUACUCUGUUGGAAAUGACAUAUUGGAAACUAGUGGAAGUUCAUCUAGUAUUGAACAAAUAGCUUGGAUUGCGUCAACUGCUGCUGAUAGCAUUUCUGGGAAAGAGAAAGAAGGAUUCUCACUUGACAAUCCAUAUGUUUUAUUUCUUGUUCCUUCCCAAGAGAAAGCUGUUGAGGUACGGUCAGUUUGCAAACCGUUGAAGAGUCAUGGAAUUCACACGGUUAGUCUGCAUUCUGGUGUCACCAUAGAUCGCCAAAUUGAAGGUUUAAAAAGCUGUGAACCAGAGUUCCUUGUAUCCACGCCCGAGAGACUAAUGGAGCUACUUUCAAUGAAGGCAAUUGAUAUUUCUGGUGUCACUUUACUGGUUGUUGAUGGAUUAGAAGCUCUUAUAGCAAAUGCUCAACUUGACGCAAUCAAAUUCAUUAAGCAAUCUAUCUCUGCAAAUCAUCAGACACUCGUUUUUGCUGAUGGUGCUCGCUACAAGUCUAAAGCAGCUAUGCAGAGUAUUUUGCAUAAGCAUUUGCUUAUCAGGAAAAAUGCAUGCGAUCUCCUCCAAAGAACAAAGGAUUCCUGCAAUGUCUUGAGCUGAUAUGUAACUUGCCUUGAAUUGGGAAGUCCGAAGUUGCAUAAAGUUGGUUAGUUUUUGCUCGAAACGUCAAUGAUCCCAGAAUGAGAGGCCUCCGAUUGUCCUGGGGUGCUACCUUUUUUUAUCAACCUAAAAUCCAGUGAAUUCAGCUCAUUUUUGUAUUAUUGUCAUACAAGAUUCUUAAAUUUGUCUUUGUUUUCCCUUCUUUCUAUCUUUUAGACCUUUCUUCUAUGGAAUAUUAUUUAUUAUUAUGGUAUAUGUAUACUCUAUUUUUCUUCAUUGAAAUACAGAAUAGUUUGCAAUUCCUUUUUAAAGGAAUGCAGGUCAUCUCCUAAGAC